AGGAUGAUAGUUAGCCUGUAAUAUGAAUAAGUUCUUGGAGGUAUUCUAUUUAUCUUUGACUUUAUGCUGACUUAAUCCGUCAGCGAGAGUCGUUUCUUUCAAGUAGCGCGUUUCGCGUUAGUCCACUGCUGCCUUUCGAGUGGUACUUAACGUUUGCAUUGUGAAGUGCGUAUAAUGAAAUAAAAAAAAAUGAGGUGCUUUAGAUGCGAUAGAUAUUUUGCGCCUUCGACGUGCGAUGCGUGCCUACGCACGUAUUGGCUGGAAGUAGCUCGAGCUCCUCGAGCUUCCGGCGCCCCUGCGAGGGAACUGGAGUCGCCAGACUCGCCUCCUCCGCCCUAUGAGGAUGCGAUUCAGCAGGACAUGCGGGUGGCUCAGGCUUCCCGCGCCCUUCCGCCUCCUUCAUAUAUCGAGGCGAUUCGGGAGGAAGUGCCCCCCCUGCGGGUAUUUGUGAAUGUGAACACGGGAGCGCGGGAGGUCACCCGUGGUUUUCGACGAAUUUUAACCACUAGACGUGAGAUGGCGAUGUGGGCUGGUCCUUCCUCGCAAGAUGGCUGAAACGAUCCCACCGCUGCCACCAAAUUGUUAGCCGGGUAUCGGCUAAGGGGAUCGAGUUCCGCUCGCGAGCGAGA